AUGCUGACCCAGUCAUCGCAGCAGCCGCCAGUGGGCGAGGCGUCGCUUCCCCGGUGCAGUCAGGGCGACGCAGGGUUUCGUGGUGCCCGUGCGGCAACGGAGUCUGUCCUUUCUCAAGUGCAGCAGCAGGACGGCGCACGCCUGGGGUUGACGUCCUCGCAGGCAACCAUCGGCGCCAGCGGAGGCGCGGCUGAGUCUCUGUCCAUGGCGCUUCAGGACUCUCUCCUACUGGACACAGUGGCCGAAUUCUGUGCCGCCCGCAGUUUGGCGUUUCGGCGGCUCUCGAGGUCCGAUCUUUGGGGCAUGCGGCACCGCGUGUCGUCAGUGGAGGCCGUACCGCACCGUCGUGUGGUGGUGCUGGCCGACCGCUACGACCCAAUCUUCGCAGUAUUCUUCGCGGUUUCACGUCAAGUGACACCGGAGCCGUUUGUAGUGUCCACGUUGCAGCUGGACGGUAAGACAGUCGAGUCCAUACCGCGUUACCGCAAGGCGGAAGCUCCUGCCACACAGGUGUUUUGUAUGGCGCCGGCACCGGUGCCAUGGCGCCGCAUCACCACAAACAUUUCGGUUUCGACACUGCGCGACGAAUUUGUCGUGGCGGUGAUUGAGCUGGACGAGACCAAGGAGACGACAUUGGCGGUGGAGGAUGGGGGCAUGGGUCCCCGCAGCGGAAUGAAACGCGGCAGCGGCGCGGUUACCAGCGCGAACGCACCGCCACGGAAGAUGCGGCGACAACGAUCCGUUAAUCUGCUAGGGGAUGACAUAGAGGAAAAAAGGGAGGUUGAGCAGGUCCUCAUGUUCGAUCCGGGUGAUAACAGCAAUGGGGAGACGGCAAUCAUCUUGAACCCAGAGGCUGACCAGCCCUCGCCGUCCUCUUUUUCUCUUGAGAAGGCACCACUCGAGCGCCGAUGGCUCGAUAGCGCCCCGCUCUUUUCCGACAGGGCCCAACUCGCUGAGCAAGCUCCCCGUGAGAUGGCGGCGGAGCUGUGGAGGCCCACGAGUGGAGCAUAUGAUCCGCUGCUGAAUCUGCCACGCUCAGAAGGAGCGGCGAGGAGGCGUAGGUCACACCGCGUGUGGUACCACCGUUUGCUGCCCAAAGACUCUAAUGACUUCAUGGCACGCAUGCAUACCUACCAGAUGGAUGAGUAG